CUCUUAUAGCCUCCCUGCCCCACCUCACAUGCCAUCCCCCUUUAUGUCUACCUCCAUAACUAAUCUCCUUCCCCAUACUCAACUUCAUGCUUGUUAUAUGUGGGAAUCAUAUGGAGCUCUACCCUUAUUGUUGGCCUGCUUUUCUCCUUAAUUAGAAGCUCGCUCUUUGGAUACAGAAGUUUGGGAUAGUUUCUGAGGCUAAGGCGUAUGGUUGUUGGUUGGAGGGGAGGCUAUAGGCAUAGAUCAAGAGAAUUGGGAGGACAUCUUAUUGAGAAUGGAUGCUUCUUUUACACCACAAGGCAACCAUGGGACCAUGGUUGAGAAGGAGGACCUUGGGUCCAUGUCUUCUUCCUCGGAGAAUUCUUCGGUGUCGUCGGACUUCAUGGAUGAUGCAAUCUCUUCGACUUCUUCUUCAUCGCCGCCGAACAAGGAUGAUCAUUUUGAAGGUGGACCUCUAUAUGGCAUGUCUUCUCUCAUAGCCCAACUUCCCUUCAAGAGAGGGGUGUCAAAGUUCUACAAUGGGAAAUCUCAGUCAUUCACAUCUUUAUCUAAUGUGAGGAGCUUGGAGGAUCUUGCCAAGCCUGAAAGGCCAUGCAGGAAAAAACUCAAGUCAUCAAGGAGCUGUGAAGGGUAUUUGGACAGGCAGAAAUCACUGUCCCCCAAAGGGUGUUCCAAGACCAUCAUGAAGAAGGCCUCAAGGGGCUCCUUAUUAUCACUCAGUGCAAGGAGCAGGCCCCCCAUUCCUCCACAGAAAUCAAGCAACUUUUCUAGCCAUAACCUUUUGUUUGCUUGAAGGUGUUUCAGUUGAUGGAUAGAGAUUAGGAACUAAUUAAUCAUGUUUUUGGCUUGAGUAGUUAAGAGAUCCAGCGGUCUAAUUUUGUUAUGAUAUAAGAGAAGUUGUUCGUAUACAUUUAUAAAUAUUGCCAGAGUGUUUUCUAAUAGUUAAUGCACACAACUGUCCAGAUUU